AUGCAUCUACCAUUGUCAUUCAUCCUCCUUCUUUGCUUCCUCACCUGGAUUCCAAGUGCAUCAUGGACUGCUAAAAUCAUUGUGGUACCUCCCAUUAUGUUUGAAUCACACCUCUACAUCUUUAAGACACUGGCUACAGCUCUGCACCAGAAGGGACAUGAGACCCAUUUUCUCGUGUCCGAGGGUCGAGAGGUGCCGCCUUCAUCUCACUACCACCUUCAGAGGUACCCAGGAAUCUUCAACAGCAGCACAGCUGAUAAUUUCCUUCAGUCCAAAGUCAGAAAUAUCUUCUCAGGUCGCCUGACGUUUUUGGAGUUGUUUGACAUUCUUGAUCACUACUCUCAGAACUGUGAUGCUGUAGUUGGCAGUGUUGAGGUAAUGACCCGCCUCAAAGAGGCCAACUUUGACUUAUUGCUGGUGGACCCUAAUGAGAUGUGUGGGUUUGUGAUUGCACAUAUCCUGGAUGUGCAAUAUGCAGUGUUUAGUACAGGUUUGUGGUACCCUGCUGAAGCUGGUGCCCCAGCCCCUCUUUCUUAUGUACCUGAAUUUAACUCUUUGCUGACAGACCGAAUGUCUCUGGCUCAGAGGAUCACCAACACGGCUGUCUACCUGGUGCAACGCUUUGGAAUCAAUUAUAUUGCAUUGCCAAAAUAUGACCGGAUUAUGAAGAAACAUGGUGUUACACCUCAAGUGGCUAUGGCCGACUUGGUGCAGGGUAGUCGGCUGUGGAUGUUAUGUACUGACAUGGCUCUGGAGUUCCCCAGGCCCACUCUUCCACAUGUGGUGUAUAUAGGAGGCAUCCUGACCAAACCCCCCAACCCACUACCACAGGAUUUUGAGGCAUGGGUGAAUGACACAGCGGAGCACGGCUUUGUGGUUGUGUCAUUUGGAGCUGGGGUCAAGUACCUUUCACAAGACAUUGCUCAGAAAUUAGCAGGAGCCCUGGCCAGGCUACCUCAACGUGUUGUCUGGAGAUUCUCAGGAGUUCCACCCAGUAACCUUGGCAACAACACGAAACUUGUUGACUGGAUGCCACAGAAUGACCUACUGGGUCACAACUACACAAGAGCCUUCCUGAGCCAUGGUGGGCUGAACAGCAUCUAUGAGGCCAUGUACCAUGGCAUUCCGGUGGUCGGUGUGCCUCUGUUUGGAGACCACUAUGAUACCAUGACUCGUGUGGCAGCCAAAGGUAUGGGGAUCAUGAUACACUGGAAGACCAUGACUGAGGAAGACCUCUACACAGCCCUGACCACUGUGAUUAAAGACACCAGGUAUCGUCAACAAGCACAACUUCUCUCCACUAUUCAUAAAGACCAGCCAGGCCAUCCUGUGACCAGAGCUGUCUACUGGAUCAGCUACAUCCUUCGUCACAAAGGCGCCAUGCACCUGCGCUCUGCCGUAUACGAUGUGUCCAUGUACCAGUACUUUCUGUUGGAUGUGAUUUUCACUGUUGCGGCUAUGUUGGCUCUGUCUGCUUUUGGAAUCUCCUGGAUGGGACGGUUGCUGAGGGCAAAGGUCGGGCACCACAGCAGCCGAGACGGUACCACCAGGGAUGAUGGUGCCAUGGCAAACGGACAUUGUCACAGCAACAGCAUGGGCAAUGGAAAACACAAAGGCAAUGGCUGCUUGAGAAAGGAGAAGAAGUUGAAUUAACCUUUUGAGUGGCCAAGAGAGAAGAAAGAGUCAGGUGGUGUGGUUUUAUAACAGAGAAGAAUAUGUUGAGAGUCAAAUGAGUCUGUGGGAGGAGUUACAUCAUAUUGCCUGGGGACAGAGCAAAGCUUCAGGUGCUCAAAACCUCUGUGUAUGUGUGUGUGCGUGUGUCAAGGUGAAUUUAAUAAAACCUCUAACAGCAGCUGAAGCAAUAAAAUACCAAAAAGGAAUGUCACUGAGGACAGAACCCAGGAAAGAUGCAGUGGA